ACUACAAUUUCUUUUCCUGCCUCUUUGCCCUCUAUAUAUGAGCCCAACUAUCAAGUCAUCAAAAAUAAAACCACAUUCUUAAUUAACCAACUUCUAUAAAUAUAAAUAUAAAUAUAUAUAUAUACCAAUCUUAUUACGUACAGUAGUCGAAAACAUGAUGCUGAUGAAACAAGCUCUGAUCUACUUCUCAUUUCUGCUCCUCUGCUUCUACGACUGCGAUGGAGCAACACUGGCUCACUCUCCAGCCCAAGCUCCAUCAAAACACGUAGCUGAAGUCCCAGCAAAAGCUCAGACCUUAACCCCAACUAAAGCGCCAACAGCACUGCCAGUGUCAGCGGUCGAGCCACCCUCUCAAGUACCACUCGUCCAAGCGCCACCCCACAAAGCCCUUUUCACCCCUACAGACGUUACCAAAAUCCUUGAAAAAGCCGGUAUCUUCAGUGUCUUCAUCCGCCUGCUUAAGAGUACCUCUGUAAGCAUCCAGAUCGAAAAUCAGCUCAAUGUAUCCAACACCUUGACCAUUUUCGCACCAACAAAUGGCGCCUUUGCAGCUCUCAAACCUGGUACACUCAACACCCUCUCCACGGAAGACAAAGUCCAGCUAGUCCAAUACCACAUUCUUCCCUCCGUAGUUUCGCUCCAAAACUUUCAGACUCUCAGCAACCCUGUACGGACACAAGCUAGCAAUACCAAUGACUACCCUCUAAACGUAAUUGUCGAAGGGAGCAUUGUUAACAUAUCUACUGGAAUUGUUAACACCACGAUUUCUGGUACUGUUUAUGAGGAUAAUCAGCUUGCUAUUUACAAGGUCGACAAGGUGUUGCUUCCACUGGGGAUUUUCGCUCCCAAACCGAAGACGAAGCAGCUGGCACCUACGCCGACACCAGCGAAGCCUUCCAAAAGCGCUAAUUUAUCUUCAUCUUCGUCUUCGACUUCGUCUUCCCUUCCUUCCGAAGAAUCUCUCAGCCCGAAUGUGGCGGAAGGGGACAAGUCUAAGGCUCUUGCUCAGACCAAUAAUGGUGUUAUACACAUUGGAGUUGUUAUGGUUACCCUAAUCUCUAUGUGGGGUUACUUUUAGUUUUAUCUCCAUUCUGAAGUUAUGUUGUGUCCAUGUUUGAGCCAUAGUUUCAAGGCUCUUAACAAAUGCGUUUUAUUUUUUAUUUUUAAAUGAAAGAGAGAGAGGAGCUUUCCUUGGUUUAGAAAACAUGUUAAUUUUGUAAGUUUAAAUUCAUGAUUUAAUUUUUAACGUUAUGUAUUUCCUUAUAGAGAAACCAUUUUCAGCUAGAAA